AUGGCCGACUUUCUGGAUGUCACCCAUCAGAAGGAACGCUUCCGAACUUCACACCGGGCCUCCCCAUAUCCCGAGGCCAGCGAAAGUGACUACGAUUCGGAGGUCACAGAUGACGAAGAGGAUGGCAUAGAUGACGAACCGCCCGCACAGCCUUUUGCGCAGUUGAUUCAAUCUGUGUACCUUAAGGUAGUCAAAAGACCUUAUCGUGUUGUCAAGACUACAAGACAGAUCACACAACUUGGUGGCAUGGAGGUUAUCGAUUCUCCCUUUCUGAUCUUUACAAAGGAGGACGUGUUUCUUGUUCAAGGCUCAUUGAGGACAUCCAUGAACUAUACUCUAAACCAGGUCAUUGCUAUGCGUCGUCCACUACAUCCAGGCCAAUGGGUAGAAUCUCUCACUUCUCAAGAUCGACACUGCUUCUUCUCUGAAAUACCCGAGCUAGGUAUCUUCAUAGUCGGAUCUCCGAUUGGUCAUGCAGGCGUAUUCAGCCUGUACUACGCCAAAGACAAGGACCACGAACGGCCCCGAUAUGGUUUCAAGCUCGAGUACCUGUUGCCUUUCCACAAAAGUAAUCAGACAGCAAUCGCGGGGGUACCGCAGGGACAACUGCUUGGCAUAGCUGUCGCACCCACACAAGGCAUGUUUGAUAUCUCAAAGGACGCUGAAACACUGGAACAAGAGGAAGAGACGCCACAGCCAAGACGUUGGCGCUUGUUGAUGUACUAUACAGAUCAUACCGUGUUGAGCUUUGAGUUGUCGAAGCAAAGAGUGGACGAGUCGCCGUCCUUGGGUGAUAUGGUUGUUUAA